GUUUAGGAAACAGUCCAAGAUGGCGUCGAUUGCUACGAGGCUUCAGAGAAAAUAUUUAAUUUUCCUGAAUCCUUUCAACAUGAAGAAAUUAUAGUAUUAACAACUUCUCUGAAGAUAUAUUUUUAUUUCGUUGUUACAAAGAAAAUUCUAAUUCAUCAUGAUGGAAAAGAAGGUUAAGCUGAGGACGGUGAACUCUUGUAUCACAUGUACUCUGUGUAGAGGAUAUCUCAUAGAGGCUACGACCAUCACAGAAUGUUUACAUACAUUCUGUAAGAGCUGCCUUGUACGGUACUUAGAGGACCACAAUUCCUGUCCAAAAUGCCAAACACUGAUUCACCAAAGUCACCCAAUGAACUAUAUCAGCCAUGACCGGACUAUGCAGGACAUAGUAUAUAAACUGGUGCCAAAUCUCCAACAAAAGGAAUUAAGGCGCCAGCAAGAGUUCUACAGGAAACAUGCAUCACAGGGAAUCAAACCAGAAUGUGAGGAUAUGAAUGAUAUCCACACAGACAAUGCUGUGGCCGUAAAGGAGGAGAACAAGGACUUCCAUCGUAAUGAUGAGCAACUGAAUGUGUGUUUAGAGUGUCAAGGAACUAUGAAAAACUUAAAACGAAAAUUCUUACGAAUCUCAUCACAAGCUACCGUCAGUCAUCUAAAGAAAUUUGUGGCUUUAAAACUUUACAGUGAUCAAACAAAGUAUACCAAUAUUGAAAUUUUGUGCAAUGACGAAUUACUAGGCAAACAUCAUACUUUAAAGUUUGUGGCUGUUACAAGAUGGCGAGUCAAGGAUGGCCCACUGCUGCUUCAUUAUCGACAGAAAACUUUGGACUUUUAAUUUCAAAAGUGCAUUACUCUCCCAAUCCCCAGGCUUUUGCAGAUAGUGAAAUCCAUAUUUUUCUGAAGUUCACUUCUGAGGUCUGAUGUGCUUUGAUCCUUCUACAGAAAGUAAACAUCCGAUGUCUGAAGUGAACUGUUCCCUCUACAGAAAGUAAACAUCUGAUGUCUGAAGUGAACUGUUCUAUCUACAGAAAGUAAACAUCCGAUGUCUGAAGUGAACUGUUCCCUCUACAGAAAGUAAACAUCUGAUGUCUGAAGUGAACUGUUCUAUCUACAGAAAGUAAACAUCCAGCGUCUGAAGUGAACUGUUCUAUCUACAGAAAGUAAACAUUCGAUGUCUGAAGUGAAGUGUUCUGUCUACAGAAAGUAAACAUCCAGUGUCUGAAGUGAACUGUUCUAUCUACAGAAAGUAAACAUCAGAUGUUGGAAGUGUACAGUAUUCUGCAAAAUCACAGAUCUGUUGCCAUUUCAAAACAAUUAUUUUUAGGGGUUUGUUGACAUUAAGGCCAACUCUCCUCCUUGCUCCAGCAAAGAUUCCCAUUAAAAUAAGUGGGGCCAGUUUGAUAUAUGCUUUAUUUAUGAUCUCCUGUUUUGAUUACAUUAAAUGGAUGGACCAACACAUCUCUGGAAGAAUGUAUUUGUAAAGUAGGAUCAUAUGUAGAGAAUCAAUGUCUAGUACCCGUAAUCCUGCAGACGAUCAUCUGUAGAGAAUCAAUGUCUAGUACCUGUGAUCCUACAGACGAUCAUCUGUAGAGAAUCAAUGUCUAGUACCCGUGAUCCUACAGACGAUCAUCUGUAGAGAAUCAAUGUCUAGUACCCGUGAUCCUACAGACGAUCAUUUGGAGAUCAGCUGUGAUAGUGAGACAGUGUGUUUUUUAUCAGGUUCAUUCCAGUCUCACCAUUACAAAUCUGCUGUUAUAAGUACUUCUAAUGGAAGAUGACGUAUCACUAGAUCCGAACUGGUUUAUGUUGUUUUCUGAAUUGUACCUCUUGGAUCCAAGAUGGCGAAAUGUGAUGCUUCGUUCAUCCUGCAAAAGUUUGUUUUUUUUUUAAAUCAAGACAGGAAAUCUUCAUACCUUGUAAGAAUGUGAAUUAUUUCCCUUCGUAAAUAUUUAAUGGAACUGUCAGGUAUUUGUUUUAUAACUGUUCUGUAGUCUGUAGUACCUAGUUUUGGUAGAGAUACCGUCAUCGUCCCCAGAGAGUCAGCUCCAUUCCAGGGUAACAUACCUACUUGGUACAUCUGGUACGAAUAUGAUAAAGGAGCAUAUGGGUAGUCUAAACAAACCAUAUACAAUUUGUGAUGCUGAGACUAUUAAAAGUUUUUUUUUAUUAAUUUGUAAGAUGAGAAUCUCAUUAAUUUCAUUACAGAGUUAUUAUCUUGAUUCAAAUUUAGAUUUAAAUUACAGUACACACCAGUAAAUAGUUUGAUGCUGGGGAAAAGCUUAGAUUGAGGCAUUAAGUUGUUAUACUGGGUAAAUGUGUUUAUAUGAUAUGUACCAUUAUUAGUGUCACAAGCCUUUCACUCGAGAAGAUAAAAAAAAAUGUCUAUGUUCAGUUUAAUUUUGCUUCAGAUUAAUUUAUGUUCACAUAUAAAAUUUACAAAACCGUUUUUGACCUAAUAAGCACAAAACAAAAGGGAUAUGUUUAAUAAACCAUGUACAGGAAAAAAAUUCAAAGUGAAAUGUGGAUGUGUGCUUAUUGGGUUGAAUACAGUAAUCCAAAUUUAGUGGCAUUGGCUAUGUUGAUUAGCUAUGUUUAACAUGAAAUUUAUGAUAUAUUGUCAUGAUUUAAAAAUGAAAACUAAAUACAAAAUUUAUCUCUCUUAGUCUUUAUUGCAGUGGUCUUAUGAAAAUAGGGAAGUAAGCUGCUGUUGAUACGUUAGCAGUUAAAAUCAAGAUGGAUCUUUUAUAUACUGUGUUAAAGUUUGAGAAAGUGCUGCGAUGGCCAUCAGAUGUUUAAGUUGUUUCAGUAAGAGUUGAUCAUGAGUUUGAUGGGAAUUCAUCGUACCGAAAGUGUACGUAAACCCUGCUAUAUAACAUCACGAACAGGCCAAUGUUGUGUAAUAUCACAAUUAAACACAUGUAAUACAUAACACAACCAUGAUACCAGAUUUGGAAAAAAAAUCAGAGUGAUUUGAAAUUUAAUAUAAUAUAUGUAAAUAUAUACCAUUAAACUGACUGUCUUUUGUUUACAUGUACCAGGUAUUUAUAUGGCGUAAGCAACCGAGAAGAAUUAAUACCGAAUUAUCUUGUUUUACCUCAGAUAUCUUAUUUAUUGAAAGUACCCACACAUUGGUUUUUUAUGCUUGUCACAAACACUAUACCCUUUGCUGUAGUUGAUAGUUUCCAUAUACCGGUAUAUCUAAGAAACACUGGAUCUUCCUGAACUUUUCAGUAUACACAGAUGUUUUUCUUUUUCAUUGCUUUUCACACAAUUUAUCGGCUAGGAUUUGAUAGAUACAAAAAAAUAUUCAAGUACGGUACCUUGUAUUUUUGUAGAUUUCUACAUCCAUGUGUGACUGGGUUAAUGUGGACAAACUGGGUAUUAAUCUAGACCUAUUUUACUAUGUGACCGUAUUAGGUAGUAAUUCCUACAGGACUUAUUUCCCUUUGGCUUUAAAACAACUCAAACCCAGAAAAAAGUCCCAUAACAGGAAAUUUGAAAUAAAUCUAAUUGAAUAAACAAAUGAAAUAGGUAAUACUUUUAGAUCUUGCUUUUGUGAUAAUUUUUAAUCAAAAGGAGAUUAUUUGAAAUAUUUAUUUUUCAUUUUUAUUUACUAGUAAUUAUUAGUAAUUACUUGUGAAUAGCUCUUGUCUGCCGUACUCGUUUAGAGGCCGGCGACUGGCUCCUGUCUGACGAACUCGUUUAGAGGCCAGCGACUGGCUCCUGUCUGCCAUACUCGUUUAGAGGCCAGCGACUGGCUCCUGUCUGCCAUACUCGUUUAGAGGCCGGCGACUGGCUCCUGUCUGUUGUACUCGUUUAGAGGCCGGCGACUGGCUCCUGUCUGCCAUACUCGUUAAGAGGCCAGCGACUGGCACCUGUCUGACGUACUCGUUUAGAGGCCGGCGACUGGCUCCUGUCUGCUGUCUGCUGUACUCGUUUAGAGGCCGGCGACUGGCUCCUGUCUCCUGUCUGUUGUACUCGUUUAGAGGCCGGCGACUGGCUCCUGUCUGCUGUACUCGUUUAGAGGCCGGCAACUGGCUCCUGUCUGCCGUACUCGUUUAGAGGCCGGCGACUGGCUCCUGUCUGCCGUACUCGUUAAGAGGCCGGCGACUGGCUCCUGUCUGCCGUACUCGUUUAGAGGCCGGCGACUGUCUCCUGUCUGUUGUACUCGUUUAGAGGCCGGCGACUGGCUCCUGUCUGCCGUACUCGUUAAGAGGCCGGCGACUGGCUCCUGUCUGCUGUACUCGUUUAGAGGCCAGCGACUGGCUCCUGUCUGUUGUACUCAUUUAGAGGCCAGCGACUGGCUCCUGUCUGCUGUACUCGUUUAGAGGCCGGCGACUGGCUCCUGUCUGCUGUACUCGUUAUAGAGGCCGGCGACUGGCUCCUGUCUGCUGUACUCGUUUAGAGGCCGGCGACUGGCUCCUGUCUGCUGUACUCGUUAAGAGGACGGCGACUGGCUCCUGUCUGCUGUACUCGUUUAGAGGCCGGCGACUGGCUCCUGUCUGCUGUACUCGUUUAGAGGCCGGCGACUGGCUCCUGUCUGCUGUACUCGUUUAGAGGACGGCGACUGGCUCCUGUCUGCUGUACUCGUUUAGAGGCCGGCGACUGGCUCCUGUCUGCUGUACUCGUUUAGAGGCCGGCGACUGGCUCCUGUCUGUUGUACUCGUUUAGAGGCCGGCGACUGGCUCCUGUCUGUUGUACUCGUUUAGAGGCCGGCGACUGGCUCCUGUCUGCCGUACUCGUUUAGAGGCCGGCGACUGGCUCCUGUCUGCCGUACUCGUUUAGAGGCCGGCGACUGGCUCCUGUCUGCUGUACUCAUUUAGAGGCCGGCGACUGGCUCCUGUCUGUUGUACUCAUUUAGAGGCCGGCGACUGGCUCCUGUCUGUUGUACUCGUUUAGAGGCCGGCGACUGGCUCCUGUCUGCUGUACUCAUUUAGAGGCCUGCGACUGGCUCCUGUCUGCUGUACUCAUUUAGAGGCCUGCGACGUCGGUACUGAGCCUUUUAUUUCAGAAAUCCCCUAUUUAGAAAUGGUAAAUAUGUGUGUACCUCAAAGCCUAGAUUAUAUGAUUCCUGCAUAUCAUAUUUACCUGCAAAUAAGCCCGGGUUCACAAAUAAGCCUUCCUCAAACUUUAAUACUAAACAUCUACACAUGGGGAGGUAGCUUAUUUGAGAAUUACGGUAUGUACUUUAUAGGCCAUGUAGGCAUGAUCACUCGGGUCUCUCGGGUCUCGAACAAUAUUGGCGAGAUAACACCUCUUCUCAACGGUAGCCCUGAAUACAACACACUAUAGGUUUGGCUUUCUGUGUGAUUUACAUGUACGUUUAAUAAUAGGCAUUAGGAAUUGUGAAAGAAUUUAUCCAGAAUUUGUUCUACAUAAGUAAUUUCAAAGGAAACAUAAUUUUGUGGUUCUUUAACUGCACUGCAUAUAUAUAUAAUUGGCCCCAUUAAUUAUCAUCAAUGUACAUCAGAAAUUCCUGAACUUUUCCAAAGCAUUAGAUAUCAGAUUUAAGGAAAACAUUCCUCAAUACUUUCCUAUUAGACCUUUCUCUGAGGUACAGAUACAAUUUCAAGGUUUUGAAAAAAUAUAAGUAAUUCUAAUGCAGUAUUUUGUACUUACCUGUCAAAAAUGUUUUCAUUAUGUUACAAUAUAAUUCAUCAGCACAGCCCUUUGUUUUAUAAUGUAUCUUAUUUUAUACUACAAUUCAUGUGUCGGAUUAUUUCUUCUGCCUCUUAAUAUUCUUGUUAAGUUACAAAAUAAUGUGGAUGUUUAUUUCAAUUGUUGCAUAAAAUCAAUGCCAACGUCGGUAGUAUUCCAUAGGUUCCCCCUAUUGAAUUGGCUAGCUAAAAAUCAUAUUUUACAUCGUUAACUUGUUGAGAAUACAUUUGUAUUUAAAAAAAAAAUCUUGCCUUGGGUAAUUCAAUUGUUUUUGCUUUCAAUGUAAAUAGUGUCAGAUUAAUAUACUGCAAACAGUCAUUUUUUGUUAUAGUCUUAUUUUAGUGGCAAUCACACUGAAAAUAUAGUGCUAAAUCAUCGUUAGGUAGUCUUCUAGUACCUGUACAUGUGGGUGUGCCAAUUUAUCAAUACCAUAAUGUGUAAAAUAACACAGUAAAAUAUUUUGUAAAAUUGCAAUGUGCUAAAAUAAGUAUAUUUAGAAUGAUUUUAAAUGAUGAGAUUCACAAAAUAUGGUUCUUUUUGCUGAUAUGAAAAAAAUAAUACAAUCACACGGGGUUUUAUCAGUAAAUACAGUAGUAAAAGUUUAAAACAUGUGGAGUAUUCAAGUGAUAUACUGCAUAAGGUGUGGUUUCUAUGCAAAAGGUCUUCUUAAAAAUCUUCCUGGUUACAAACUGGCUUAUGCAAAAAGGCUUUAUGCAAAUUUCUUGUCAUUUUAAGUUUUUGUACUGUUUUCAUCUCUGCAUAUGUUAAAUACAAUUACAACAGUACUGUAUAUUCCACAGGGGAAUCCUGUGUCUUUUAUUUAAGAACUAUCUAUAUUUACUUCCUAAAUCUGAAUUCAAAAUGUCAAAUAAUCGCCGAUGUAAUGUAUAAAUGUAUGUAAUUUCACUGUGAUGUAUGACAUCAUUAAAUUGACAUUUUCAUUACUGUAUUCAACCUAAUAAGUGCAAUGUGCACUUACAAAAACACUUAAGUGGCCAGGUGCCCUUAAUAAACUCAUGUAUAUGGGAAAACUUCCUUGUAAAAUUUGGGUAGAAAAAAGUACCUGGUAACUUCUUUUUUUCAUUUACAUACCUCUAUGUAGUGAAACAAUGUAGAGUCUUUGGUUAAAGACAAAAUUAUAUUGGCUGAUCAGAAAUUAAGGUAAGGAACUUUUAAGGUUUCAAUUUGUGAACCCAUCCACUUUUCCUGAAAAUGUGGGAGUGCAAUGGAAUACAGUAUAUGAAGUUUAUACACUAUAACAUAUCCAGUGUCUGGCAUAGCUUUAUGAGAAUGAACACUUUUUAAACCAACUUACUUAUUUUAAAGUGUGACUUUGGUAUAACAUACUUUUACGGAAUUUCUAAGCAUGUUUUGUAAAGGUGUACUUAAUGCCUAGAAAAUUUACUGUAUUAUAGUACGUACAUGUAUUUACAAUGUGAUUUGUACCUAACUACCAAUAGAUAAGGGAGGGGAGAGUCCAUCAGUCUGUAUGUAUGGGGGAUAAGGACAUUAUUAUUUUGUUGGUUUAUACACCGUUCAUUGUCAGAUAGGUCAUGCUUGAAUGAUUUUCCUACGAUGCAUGUUCCAUACAAGCCUAAUAAUCAUUAGGAGUAGGGUAAUUAAGUAAAGUAUAAUAAGUAUAAGAUUUAAUUAACAAGUUGAAAUAUGUUUUAUCUUGCUGUAUUAAUGAUUUGUUGAGAAAUUUCCACAUCAUUGAAGAAAUUCUACCUGUGUGGAUGUUGGUCAUAAAGAUUUAUGUAUUCGAACCGAGAUAUUAGAAGUCCCUGUAUAUAGGUACUUGAUUUCUCGGUCAACAUCAGUAUUGUUAUAAUACUAAGGAUAUCUUAAGGCAAGUUAUUUGUUAUUCUUUUUUUUUCAUGAAAAACUUGUAUUUGUGGAGCAAAUAAAAGUUAUAUUUA